UUCACACAGUCUUACAAAGCAAGAGUUCUUCGCAGAUUUUCCACACAUCUCUUACUCCUGCCAGAACCACCCUUUCGCAUGAGGAUACGCCAUAAAAUCGCCAAUAAAUAAGGACACUUGGCAACGCGCGCCUGCUGGGGGGAGGGGUCAGACCGGAGCGUAAACGUUGCUGGUUGGAGGAAGCAAAGGCGCUCACAGUCAGCGUAACUUUGUGGUCGCGAAAGGGAUGUGUGAGGGUGACAGCGCCUCCUCCAUUGUCUCUAUCCUCUACUAAUUCGUGCUGUCAACUCUCUCGUUGUAUAACCACCGGGAGAAUGUAUUAAAGAAAAAAAACAUAACAUGAUAUAACGUCAUUUUAGGAAUGAAAUAUAAGUCGAGACCGAUACAGUGCUGGGAUUACGUGUGUAUUAGGAGGCAAGUCGGCGGCCGGCCACACACCUAAGGAAGAGGCGAUCAGCUGUUCACCAGACUUACGGCCUGAAGUGAAGGUCGGGCGAGGUCACGACCCCACAUACUGUUACACCGGGCUGAAAGUGGACGAACAGCUUCCCUGGUGGCGAAUGUGGUGUUACCACACAAGAUUCCUCAUGCAAGAGCUUCACCUCCACCAUGAAAGACACCAGACUCUUGUUCUGCAUUAAACACUUUGGGGUGCCGUAAUGUCGAUGGGCUGGGGAGGUAUGGUGGUGGGUCCAGGAUGGUGGGGAGGAGGAGGUGGCAACAAGAGCGCGGUUCAGUUGUUACAAGAGAGUAAGUCACGCUAUGUCAAAAGUGACCAGGUGCUUGGCAACCGACAAGCACCAGCUCGACCUGAUCACCUGCAGAUCUCCUCCAACCCAAAUAUCUUCUUAAGUGCACCUUCGCAUACGCUUCAUGUUUCGAGACCUUCCCCUGCACCUGAGCGACGCCAUGCCCUCGCAGACCACAACAGUGUAGCUAAUAUACGUGGUCAUGCACCUACAGGCCUCUCUCCCCCACGUCCGCAACCAGGUGCUGGUCCUGCCUCUUUAGGAGUGCAACCUCCUCCCCUGCCAGCUCGAUCACCUAGAAUCACACCUCGACCUAAGGUGCGGUUGCAUGGGGAUCCCCAGACUGGCCGUGCAGGAGGGGAUUUAAGGAGAUCCCUCUCUCAUGGUCCUGGUGAUCGAGGUGAUGAUGUGCAAAUGAAGUUACGUCGCCUUCUCAACACGGACUCGCGAGAAAACUUGGCAGCAAUACUUACUACUCCUGACAGUAAAGAUGGGAAAGCCAAAAUACCACCACCUCCACCAAGAAGGAAUAUUAAGAGUUCUCCAUCAGGGACAUUCCGUGCUGAACCUGCAACUGUAACGACGCACAAAUCUCUGCCAGAUCUGGCUCGUGCCUCUUCCCCAGCAGGUGAGACCGAUUCAGAAUGUGGGACAAGUGGCCGGAGGAGGCCGUCGUGCCCAGAAGCCCUGACCUCGUCCAACACGCCACCAGAGCCGCCCCCUCGUCCGCCACGAAUGUUUCGUGAUCCUCCUCCUCCUCCGCCACAGCGUUCUCCUGACAGGCCUCCAGCUAGACCUCCACCGCCAAGAGACCAAAAAGAUUCUUCCGUAAAUUUACUACGGGCUGGUGCCACUGGAGGACCCUUACUCACAGCUGAUGGCCGGCGAUCUUCAGAUAGCGAUAUAUCUGGUUAUGGUGGAACAGGUAAUGGGCUCGGGACUAGUGAAGAAGGACGGAGGCGACCGAUCCUCAGAUCAAGGUCCGAUGUUACUCAUGAGCGCGGGCGUUGGGAGGAAGAUGUUCGACCAAUGCUAGCCCCAUUAGACCUAGAGGCAUUCUUCGAAUCCAUGGGCUUAGAUUCUGUUACUCGGCAGCAUCUUACAUCGCCACCAUCCUCACCCCACUCCUCACCAGUAUACUUUGAGGAAGUGUCAUCAGAAGAAUCAGGUCCAACUGGGGGACGGAGAGGUAGCUCAGAUUCUGAUGAUGGGCGAGCUGCAACAGGCCCUGGUCCUGGCCCUCCUCUGCCUCUUCGUGGAACUGGUGAACCUUCUAUAGUAGAGAAGAAUGCACGUAUUAUCAAGUGGCUGUUCAACUGCCAAAAGGCACAGGGCACUUAUGUCUCACGAGUUGCUUCCACCAAAAGCUAACCACAUGCCUGCCCACAGUGUUUUACUAGUCUGUAGCCAUAACUUGCUGUGUUGCCUGAGAAAGUGUGGAGAGAUGUUCGGCAGGCGAGUUUGAACCCUCCCUCUUCUCUUUCACAGGUUAUGUUUGGCUGCUUUUCUGUGAUAAUCCGAGUGACACCUCAUAGCUCAGCACAGUCUGCUAUUUUAAUUGUCCAAUAAGAAUCUACCCUACUACUAAGGUAUCCCAUGAGACAAUGAUGAAUGUUGGAUGUUUAAGUGUUGUUGUUCUAGAGAGUUUGUUAUUGGCUUUGGUUGAUAAGGCGUUUCCUCAAGGACUUCUUUUUUAGUUGAAAGAAAAAUAAGACUUGUGGAAAUUGAUUUUAUUAAUGCAAACGACAACACCAUUAUAAAGUUUUCAUCAGCCUAUUCAUCUGGUGCUGAUUACAUCAUAAUAAAUCACAUACUAGAGUUGGUAUUUACUGCUAUGUGAAUUGUCAAAUAUGAUAGCAACAGACUUUGUUUAUGAUUUUUUUUUUCUAUUUCACAUGGGAAAAGUAUUUUGAUAUUAUUGAUACAUGUGCAAUAACCAUAUGUGAGCCAGAAGUUUAUGUAAAGGCAUAAGCCUUUUCUUUAUACAAUGUAAUGUAAAAGUGGAAGGUGUUAUAGAAGAAAUGUAAUUAUUGUAGUGAGCACUUAAUAGUACUUUAACAAACAUUCAC